GCUGAGUGAUGGCGGCGGGAGGAAGCAGGACGAGGUAGAAGACCAUCAUCCCCCUCUCUUGCACGGAUUAUGUCCUGUUUGCCUCUGUAGAGAUCCCAACAGACAGCGAGGGUUGGGGGCCACCCUAUAUGCCACCUCAGGGCUCCCGCAAGCGGGAGGUCUUUACCUUCCUGGGAGAAGGGGCGCCCCUGGCCGUGAGGGGAGACCCCUUGGCUGAGCCUGCUUACCCGUUAAUACUUUGCUUGUCUUUCUUUAUCGGGUGACCUUGAUUCUGAGCCUGGAACAGCCGCAGCCGUGCGAGCAGACAAGAAUAUUUUUCCGGGGAAAGGGUGGGGCGCUUGCCUCUCCUUCACAUUCUUUUCCUGUAUGAGCAGUGAGAACGACAGACCUUACCCUUUUCUCCACUUGGGGCCUACUAGCUCUGCUGCCCUUUCCUGGGCCCCUCAUUGCCCUUCUACUUUUUUCUUAACACUUUCCCCCUAAUCUGGAGGGGGGUGAGGCUUGACCUUGGAAUGUCCUUGAGGCAUCGGGGCCUGGGCCAGCCCUGAGAGUUAGGGUGGAUUGGAAGGAACACCCCUGUGGCAGUCAGAAGGUCUGGGUUCUAAUUUCAGAUCUGGCCGUUGUGUGGCUUUGAGCACACAGACCUUUCUCUACUCUGUACCCUUUUGGAUGAGGGAGUUGGGCUCUCUGCCCUGUAUGUGACCUUUUAAUUCUAAAAUACCCCGGUUCGGUUUUGCUUCUAGGCAAGGUGACCCCAUGGCAAGGCGCAAGCCAGAAGGGUCCAGCUUCUACAUGACCCACCUGUCAUUGGCUCUGGCGUUUUCCUUUACCCCAGACGCCAGAUCACAGCCCCACCCUCAGCUGGGCAACACCCAGCAACACACAGAGUUAGGAAAGGAACCUGCCACCACCAACACCAUGUCCCACCAACACCCAGCACUGACCCCGGAGCAGAAGAAGGAGCUUUUUGAAAUCGCUCAUCGCAUUGUGGCUCCGGGCAAGGGCAUCCUGGCUGCAGAUGAGUCCACUGGAAGCAUUGCCAAGCGGCUGCAGUCCAUUGGAACUGAGAACACCGAGGAGAACCGGCGAUUCUACCGCCAGCUGCUGCUGACUGCUGACGACCGCGUGAACCCCUGCAUUGGGGGUGUCAUCCUCUUCCAUGAGACACUCUACCAGAAGGCGGAUGAUGGGCGUCCAUUCCCCCAAGUUAUCAAAUCCAAGGGCGGUGUUGUGGGCAUCAAGGUUGACAAGGGUGUGGUACCCCUGGCAGGAACAAAUGGCGAGACCACCACCCAAGGGCUGGAUGGGCUGUCUGAGCGCUGUGCCCAGUAUAAGAAGGACGGAGCUGACUUUGCCAAAUGGCGCUGUGUGCUGAAAAUUGGGGAACAUACCCCCUCAGCCCUCGCCAUCAUGGAAAAUGCCAACGUGCUGGCCCGUUAUGCCAGCAUCUGCCAGCAGAAUGGUAUCGUGCCCAUUGUGGAGCCUGAGAUCCUCCCUGAUGGGGACCAUGACCUGAAGCACUGUCAGGUUGUAACUGAGAAGGUGCUGGCUGCCGUCUACAAGGCUCUGAGUGACCACCACGUCUACCUGGAAGGCACCUUGCUGAAGCCCAAUAUGGUAACUCCAGGCCACGCCUGCACGCAAAAGUUUUCUCACGAGGAGAUUGCCAUGGCAACUGUCACAGCAUUGCGCCGCACAGUGCCCCCCGCUGUUACUGGAAUCACCUUCCUCUCUGGAGGCCAGAGUGAGGAGGAGGCAUCCAUCAACCUCAACGCCAUCAACAAGUGCCCCCUGUUGAAGCCAUGGGCCCUGACCUUCUCCUAUGGCCGAGCCCUGCAGGCCUCUGCCCUGAAGGCCUGGGGUGGGAAAAAGGAGAACCUGAAGGCUGCCCAGGAGGAGUAUGUCAAGCGAGCCCUGGCCAACAGCCUCGCCUGCCAAGGAAAGUACACCCCAAGCGGUCAGGCUGGGGCCGCAGCCAGCCAAUCCCUCUUCAUCUCUAACCAUGCCUACUAAGUGGAGGUGUUCUAAGGCUGGCCCCUCAACACUCCAGGCUCCUGCCCUCUCCCAUACUCACUCUGGAGGGGAGGGCAUCAUCCGAGGCUCCAGGCCACUCUUUCCUGUCACUCUUGCCACCCUCGUGACAUUGGUGCGUGGUGUUGUUUGUAAAUGCUAACUCCAUCACCCUUUCUAGCCUACUGCCAAUAAACAACUAUUGAAGGGGGAGUC